UCUCCUCCCAGAUGUCCAUGAAGGAGGUGGGCGAUGGCUUGCAGGAUCAGAUGAACAGCAUGAUGGGGGCCCUGCAGGAACUGAAGCUCCUACAGGUACAGACGGCCCUGGAACAGCUGGAGAUCUCUGGAGGGGGUCCUGCCCCUGGCUGUCCUGAAGGCCCGGGAACGCAGCCCCAGGCUUCUGGAUGGGAGGACAGCAGAGAUCCAGCCAGACCUCCCUCCAGCCAAUCUUCCCCAGUGGGCAGCAAUUCUGCACCCCACAGGAGUGUCUGUGAGAAGGGUCCGACCCCCCUGCCGAGGACACAGCUGUGGGAGCAGCAGGGCCCCCCGGAGCCUGAUGACUGGACCUCCACAUUGAUGUCCCGGGGCCGGAACCGGCAGCCUCUGGUGUUAGGUGACAACGUUUUUGCGGACCUGGUGGGCAACUGGCUGGACUUGCCAGAACUGGACAAGGGUGGGGAGAAAGGGGAGGCUGGAGUGUCAGGGGGCCCCAAAGGAGAGCGGAACCAGCCUCGAGAGUUGGGCCGCAGGUUCGCCCUGACGGCCAACAUCUUCCGCAAGUUCCUGCGCAGCGUGCGGCCGGACCGAGACCGGCUGCUGAAGGAGAAACCCGGCUGGGUGACGCCCACCGCCCCUGAGCCUCGAGCCCGGCGCCCGCAGAAGGUCAAGAAGCGGAGCCACGCCAAGGGUGCUGGACCUCUCCCCUUUCCGGGCACUGCGGAGUCCAGGGCCGGCGACAGUCAUUCCUCAGGUUGCCCCAAGGCCCUGGAACCUGCACCCUCCGGCUUUGAUAUUAACACAGCCGUUUGGGUCUGAAUCUUAGAGACAGAAAUUUGCUGAACCCCGAAAAGGCCAGUCCCCAUGCUGGGCCCCUAGGACUGACAGAGGGAAGGCGGAAUGGUGCUUAAAAGCCAAACUCCAAAUUCUUUUCCUUCCGAAAGGAGAAAGGAGGGGGGAGAACACAGUGCUGGAGCAGGGGACUGCUGUGGGGG